AAAAGCAUAGCCUACCCUCUCAUAUAUUUCUUUCUGUAUCUCUUCCCCCACGACCAAAUCUUAAUCUUAGACUAGAUCAGAUAAACUGAAGCUCCCACCCUUCAACCAGUACUUCCAAAAUCCAAAUAGACUAGAUAUUGUUACUGCUGCCCAAACUCCUAGCAAUUCAAGACACUAAAACCCCAUCUGAAUGAUGAUUUUUCUCUUUCUUUCAUCCAAGCAGCAGCAGCAUCCAUGAAGCCUAAACUUCUAGUCCAACUUCCUUGAUCUGCUAAUCAUUGUUUUGAGUGUCCUUUUCUCUACAUCCUUUUGUAGAAAAAUAGGUUUUGAGAGAGACAAUAUGAGAGCAGGAGGUUGUACAGUGCAACAAGCUCUAACAACUGAGGCUGCUAAUGUCGUGAAGCAAGCUGUAACUCUUGCUAGGCGUCGUGGCCAUGCCCAAGUGACUCCUCUCCAUGUAGCUAACACCAUGCUUUCUGCUUCUACAGGCCUGCUCCGCACAGCUUGCAUUCAAUCCCACUCUCACCCCCUUCAGUGCAGAGCUUUAGAGCUUUGUUUCAAUGUUGCCCUUAAUCGCCUUCCUGCUUCAUCUUCCAGUCCCAUGUUGGGAGGUCAUUCCCAAUACCCUUCCAUCUCUAAUGCCUUGGUUGCAGCUUUCAAGCGUGCUCAGGCUCACCAAAGGCGUGGCUCCAUUGAAAACCAGCAACAGCCACUCUUAGCAGUAAAAAUAGAGCUAGAGCAGCUUAUAAUAUCCAUUUUAGAUGAUCCUAGUGUAAGUAGAGUCAUGAGAGAAGCUGGUUUUUCUAGUACACAAGUGAAAAGCAACGUCGAACAAGCUGUUUCCUUAGAAAUCUGUUCUCAAAACGCUCCUCCAGUAAACAGUAAAUCUAAGGAUAGUAAUGGUAAUUUAAUCCUCUCUCAAUCUCCUACUGUCGCUCAAGUUGGAAGUAAAGUAGGGAAACCAAUAGGAUCAGAUCCGAUAAUAAGGAAUGAAGAUGUCAUGUUUGUGAUAGAGAAUUUGAUGAACAAAAAGAGUAGAAAUUUUGUGGUGGUAGGAGAGUGUAUUUCUAGUAUUGAGGGUGUAGUUAGAGCAGUGAUUGACAAAGUUGACAAGGGAGAUGUUCCUGAGUCUUUGAGAGAUGUCAAGUUUGUAAACCUUUCUUUCACUUCUUUUGGGCAUCUAAACCGAGUUGAGGUUGAGCAAAAACUUGAAGAGCUAAAGAGCCAUGUCAGGAAUUCUUUAGGAAGAGGGAUUGUUUUCAAUUUGGGAGAUCUCAAAUGGGCUAUUGAGUAUAGGGCAAGUUCAAGUGAGCAAAGUAGGGGCUAUUACUGUCCGGUGGAGCAUAUGAUCAUGGAGCUAGAGAAAUUGGUCUGUAAUAUUGGAGAGACUGGAAGGUUUAGGCUCAUGGGGAUUGCCACUUUCCAAACUUACAUGAGAUGCAAAUCUGGCCAUCCAUCACUGGAAACUGUUUGGGGUUUGCAUCCUCUAACAAUUCCUGCAGGCAGCUUACGCUUGAGUCUCAUCACUGACAGUGAUCUACAAAGCCAGUCCACAAGCAAGAAAGCUGAAAACGGGUUAAGCUGGAUUUUGCUAGAUGGUGGAGAGGAUAAGCAACUGACUUGCUGUGCUGAUUGCUCCGCCAAGUUUGAAAAUGAAGUUCAGAGCUUACAAAGCAGUACUUGUAACAGUGAGUCCACCACGUCAAGUCUUCCUCCAUGGUUUCAACCAUACAAGGAUGACAACAAAGGGCUUGGCAGCAAUUAUAAGGACUCUGCCUCAGUCAGAGAACUUUGCAAAAAGUGGAACUCAUUUUGCAAUUCAGUCCAUAAACAACCAUAUUCAUCUGAAAAAACCCAUACAUUAAUCUCUUCUGUUUCACCUCCUUCAUCUACUUCUUGCUUUUCACAUGACCAGCAAUACCCUCAUUUGCACCAGCAGCCCCACCAGUAUGACUGGCCUGUGGUUGAACAUAGACAGUCUUGGAGAGACCACCAUUUUUGGAUUUCUGAAACAGUUGACAAGACUGUUGAACCCACCAGUUUGAGAUUAUAUAUUCCAGAACAUAAUAAUAAGGAACCUAAACAACUAUUAUCGUCAAACCCUAAUUCCACCCCUAACUCAGUAACUUCCAGUGAUGUGAUGGAGAUGGAAUAUGUUCACAAGUUCAAGGAGCUAAAUGCCGAGAACUUAACCACCCUAUGCACUGCAUUGGAAAAGAAGGUACCAUGGCAAAAAGAUAUAAUUCCGGAGAUCGUGAGCACAAUCUUAAAAUGCAGGUCUGGAAUGUUAAGAAGAAAAGGGAAGUUGAGAGAUGGCGAGUCUAAAGAAGAAACUUGGUUGUUUUUCCAAGGUGUUGACAUUCAAGCUAAAGAGAAGAUAGCAAAAGAACUGGCUAGGCUUGUUUUUGGUUCACAGACCAACUUCAUUACGAUUGCAUUAAGCAGUUUCUCGUCUACAAGAGCAGAUUCAGUUGAAGAUAGUCGAAACAAGAGAUCAAGAGAUGAACAAAGUUGCAGUUACAUUGAGAGAUUUGCUGAAGCUGUUUCGAGUAACCCACAUCGAGUGUUCUUUAUUGAAGAUGUUGAGCAAGCUGAUUAUUGCUCUCAAAUGGGUUUCAAAAGAGCUAUUGAAAGAGGAAGAAUAGCCAAUGCAAAUGGAGUAGAAGCUCCUCUAAGCGAUGCUAUCAUCAUUUUGAGCUGUGAAAGCUUCAGCUCGAGAUCAAGAGCUUGCUCUCCUCCCACCAAGCAAAAAUCGGAUGGUUCUGAGGAAGAAAAAGUUACUGCAUUGGAGGAGACAAGUCCUUGCGUGUCAUUGGAUUUGAAUAUCUCCAUUGACGAUGAUAGUCUCGAGGAACAAUCAAUCGACGACAUUGGCCUUCUUGAAUCCGUUGACAGGAGGAUUGUUUUCAAAAUUCAGGAAGUAUAAAAAAAAAAAAUUUGUGUGAACCCUUCAGGUGGUUUUUAAAAAAAAAGAAAAAAAACUUUUGUGAAAUUCUCUUUGUUCAAAUUGUCUUUAGAUUCUUAGCAUUUCCUAGGGCUGUAAUAGUUGAAGAAGAAUUUCCCUGUUUUUGUAAAAAAAUGUGUACAUUAUAUUCCACUAUUAUCUUUCUAUUAAUAGGUUGAUGGUUUCCCUCAUAUUUUUCCCUUUUUUU